UGCGGUUUUAUCUAGGGCACGCCAAAUUUUUAAACCCCUUUGCUUUAGCCGUUUAAAACUGAUUUACAACUGAUUUAUGCAUAAAAAUUUAUUUUAUGUAUAUUAAUAAACACUUGAGAAUACAUCCCCGAAAUAGUUAAAGUAGACCCCUGCUUUGUGAAACCCCAUCUUACCGACUUGUUGAUACAUUCGAAAUGUCCACAAGACCCCGACGCGCGGCAGCCACAAAAAAGCUGGUAAUUGAGCUCUCCGACUCGGAUGAGGAACUGAAUCUUACGGAAAACGAUGAUUACAGGCCGCCAGAGACCAAGAACCGCAGGAUAGACCGCGCUGUAAAUGCCCAGGCAGGCGGGAGCAAGCGCCAACGAUGGCCCACAUCUAAGAGUUCACCAACUGAGGCAGCAGCCCCCAAGAAGAAACGGGCCAGAAAGGAAAAAGAAGACGAAAAUGCUUGUCCUAAUGAGCACAAUGUCGAACUUGAUGUCCAGAUUGAAUCCUCAUCUACAAACCGACAUAAAGGUUCUGCAGCUAGCUCCACCAAUGAAAGGAGUUCCGAAACUACAGCUCCCAAGAGAAAGCGUGCCAGAAAAGAAAAAGUGGUGGAAAAUGAUCCGCAGAAGGAAGACUUGGUACCUCCGUCAGCUAUGACACAACCAGAUGGACCUGUACCCAGCUCCACCACUGGACGGAGUUCCUUCUGGGAGCGGCGCAAGGUGUGGAACAUCCACGAGCUUCUCGCCGAAACGGAGAACAUACAGCCGCAGGCAGCGAAGAACAUUGUGCAGCUGUUUGAGAACGAAAACACCAUUCCUUUUAUAUGUCGCUACCGUCGAGAUCUGGUGGAUCACAUAGCUCCAGAUCGCCUGAGAGACAUUCGCAACACGUACACUGAGAUCGUAGAUCUCCGCAAGAAGGCGGAGAACAUCGUCAGUCAGUUGGAGCGUGAAAACGUCCUAAACACUGAAAUCCGUGAGGAGCUGAUGUGCGCCAAGACCAACGAGGAAUUGGAGUUUCUGUACGCUCCUUACAAGCCGGCCAGCAAGGGCACUUUGGCGGAACGAGCGAAAGCUUUGGGCCUGGAGGAGUAUGCCGACCGUUUGCUCUACGGCUCAGUUCCUAAAGUAAAUCUUAAAGAAAUAGUGGACCCCGGAAACGAGGACUUGGCCACGGAAGCAUUGGUGAUGAGUGGAAUAUGCAACAUUAUUAUACACAACAUUAGCAAGAACACAAAUGUGUUGGAGGAAAUUCGCAGACUACAAAAUGUGCAUCGGGUAUUCCUGAAGUGCAGCAAGACCAAGGAGUCGGCAUCGUCCAAAGCUAGUUCAAGUAAAGCAAGCAAAAGUAAAUCAGCCAACGGCAUCGCAGACAAAAAAUUGGACAGCUCAAAGUUUGAGAACUACUUCAACUUUCAGGGUGAUAUUAAAACCAUAAAACCCCAUCAAAUGUUGGCCAUCAAUCGUGGGGAGAAACACAAGUUCCUUUCUGUCAAAUUAGACACCAGCGACUAUCUCAAAAGAGAUCUGAUGCGCUUUAUAACAGAUCAGUACAUGAACGAAGGUCUGCAGUAUCCACUAAGAAGGGAAGUGUUUACAAAAUCCCUGGAGGAAUGCUACUCAAAAAAGUUGCAGCCAUUGAUGUGCAGACAGAUUCGCGCCGAUCUGAAGGAAAAGGCCCAAAAGGCAGCCAUCGAUGUGUUUGCAAAGAACCUAAAGCAACUGCUGCUGAUGUCUCCACUCAAAGGCGAGCGCAUUUUGGGCAUAGAUCCGGGCUACACCAAUGGCUGCAAACUGGCGGUUAUAUCCGAGACGGCCGAUGUGCUGGACACGGGUGUAAUUUACCCUCAUGGAGCCAGGUCCAAUAGGCGUGGAGCCGAACAAAAACUGGUUCAGCUUCUUUCGGAUCACAACUGCCAAAUUAUUGCCCUGGGCAAUGGAACUGCCUGUCGUGAAACGGAGCACUGGCUAACCGAUAUGUUCCACUCCGGCCUUCUGGACAGCAGAAGCAUUCGUUACAGCAUCGUUAACGAAAACGGGGCUUCUGUUUACUCUUGCAGCGAUGUGGCCUCUAAGGAAUUUCCCAAUAUGGAUACUAACGAAAGGAGUGCAGUAUCCAUAGCGCGUCGGUUGAACGACCCGCUGAGUGAGUAUGUCAAGAUAGAGCCCAGACACCUGGGAGUAGGCAUGUACCAGCACGAUGUUUCCGAGAAGAUUCUGACAGAAUCGCUGAAGGACGUUGUGUCUGAAUGUGUCAGUUAUGUAGGCGUCGACCUCAACACAGCCAGUUUAAGUGUGCUCAAGCACAUUGCUGGCCUGUCUGAAAAGAAGGCUGAGAAGAUCAUUGAGUACCGAACGCAGAAGGGACCAUUUCAGUCCCGCAAGGAUCUGCUAUCGGUGCGAACUAUAGGCGAGAAGUCGUUUGUCCAGUGCGCCGGCUUUGUGCGCAUCGAACCGCUAAGCGUGGGAGGACGACUUCAGAACCCGCUGGACUGUACUUGGGUGCAUCCGGAGAGCUAUAAAGUGGCUGAAAGUAUCGUGGGGGAAUGUAACUUAAGGCUGUCAGAUGUAGGCAAGGCUGCCUUUAUAGCAAGCAUCAAGCAGUUUUCAGAGUCCCAGUCGAAACUUGAUCGCAUAGCCAAGCAGCACAAGCUUCCCAUGGAGCGGUUGGAAUUUCUGCUGGUUGCCCUGCAGCGCGAAUUGCUCCAAGACUAUCGAGCCGAUUUGGACAAGAGACCUCUCUUCAAACAGGGCCUAACACGGCUGGAUGAUCUGAGCAUAGGCGAUGUAGUCACAGGAGCUGUGACCAACGUGACCCAGUUUGGUGCCUUCGUGGACGUGGGAGUGGAGCGCGAUGGCCUCAUACACAACAGUCACAUGAACAACAGCGAGCUGAGCAUCGGCGAUCGGAUAGUGGCGUCGGUGGUAAAGUUGGAUCUGCAGCGCCGUCAGCUGGGAUUGCGCUUGGAGAACAUGCUGGUGGAGACGGACACCUCGUUCACCUUCAAGACGGAGGGUUAAAGACAAACUGCGGGACUUAAUGCUUUCGGAAGUAUUUAAUGAUUCAUAUCGUAAUUGUUUGGUUGCUCACAUGAGCAUUCAUAGAUACACUAUAUAUUGUUCAUAUAUGUAUACGUGUAUAUGCAUAGUAUAACGGCUUUCCUAAGUUUACUCAAAGCUUAUCAGUUAGUAAUAAAUGUUCACAUAAAAAUCA